GGAACAUCUACAGUACAGAGUUGUAGUUUUAUCAAUUUUGGCCAAUCUCAUACACAAAAUUGUGCCCACAAUGGCGGACUGGGAGAGGAGCGCUAAAAGCAUGCGCCAAAGUCAAAAUCUCGUUGCGCUGGGCCGAUGGGUUAGCAAUUUCGGUUCGAAUGAUACCAUCGAGAAGCGUGUGAUAUCGCCACGCUUCACCGAAUCCACAAAUAAAAGCUCGGCCAUUGGACUGCUCGAAACCAUACUGCACGAGUUAACCGGCAGGAAGCAGCUGAACCAAGUCCUCCUUCUGAUUACGCCAACGCGUAGGCACAAAACUCAACGCAAGCUGCAUUGCUUCGAUCGCAGGACACGCGAACAUCUGGGCGUGACGAGCAUCACGGAGCUUGAGGUGGAUCUGCUAAAGAAAUACGAAAUGUUGCUCAAGUACGAGAUUAUGUUUGCGGAUCAGUACAUUCAGCCCAAGCAGAUAGCCACCAAUAAGAGCGUCAUUUCGGAGCUCUUUCUGCGCGACAGCGGCGCACCCAGCUGCGUGGGAAGGGGAAAAUUCUAUGGUCUGGACCGGCGACGUUUCCAAAGCACUCUGAACUUUGUCAAGAAGCCGACGGUGAUGUGCGAUGUGAGCAUUCAAGCGGAUUUAACGCAACCGGAAAUCAAGUCGUUGCGUCGACCAAAGAUACCCGUGCGUAUGCGUAAUCCGGAAUUAUUGCGCCACUGGAAUUUUGUAAAUAAUACGGCCAGCUAAGUACGACGAGUAGAGUGAAUGCCUGGCUGGCUGGCUGGCUGGCUGGCUGGCUGGCUGGCUGCCAGCCUUAUCGUUUGUGUGUGUAUGUGUGUGCGUGUGUGAUUUUGUAGACUGCUGCUUAUGGUUAUGUUCCGGCAAUUGGCGCACUUAACACAGUUGUAUAAACGUAGCCAGGCUCGGGCGCGUACCCAAUAUCUAGUCGCUCCCAUCGUCUGCAGUUGGACCUGACGCUUAGACCACUCUGGACGUGCCGUCUUAAACCUGAAGUGUUAUUGGCCAAAAUGAGGUACAAACGAAAAUACAACGUUUAUGCACACAAGAAUUGCAAUAUCGAAAUAAAAAACAUAUAAACUUAUAAA